AUGAUUCUCGUGCAGGACAUGUUUAUUGGGGGGACUAAGACUUCGUCAACAACUAUAAAAUGGGCGAUGUCAAAAAUGAUGAGAAACCCAAGAGCAAUGGAGAAGGCACAAGCUGAGGACAUGUUUAUUGGGGGGACUAAGACUUCGUCAACAACUAUAAAAUGGGCGAUGUCAAAAAUGAUGAGAAACCCAAGAGCAAUGGAGAAGGCACAAGCUGAGAUUAAACCUAAAUCAAGAAAAUCUUGCCUGAGUUCGCUGGUUCGUUGGUCGGUGAUCGCAGUGGCUGAUCGAUCGCAGUUGCCUGAGUUCGCCAGAGUAGCCUGGUCGUUGAACGGUGAUUGUAGUCGCCUGGUCGCUGGAGCCUUGGUGGUCAGGUGGUGCCUUCUUCUGGACUGGAGUUAUGCGAUUUAG